CUUGGGGAUUGAUCAUCUUCGCAGUUUUGGCGUGUCCAACGGCGAGACCUACGGAGAAUACAUUCGUCGCUAUAAGGCUCUGGCCAUGACCGUCAUGCUUUCCCACCACGCGUUCGAGCCUUCGGAAGCGCAAGUGCAGAUAGCUGUUCGAGACUCCAUGUUGAAGCAGUUUCCGGUAGUGUCUGGGCAGGUGUACAAGGAUGAGCAGCUCUCCAUGGAAGCCCUUAUUGGGCGACAUGCUUUGUGUCUGGAUGAUAUGUGGGAUGUGUUGGACAAGCGUGCGUUCGCGCACACGCCGGCGGUGCAUGGAGAUGAUUUCUUUUCGGUGUCUUCCACGAAUGCUAGGAGUUCGUCUGCUGUUUCGCGUGCUGUAGCUUCUGCGGCGUUGCGUUCGACGGUGACUCCUUCGUGGAGCCAGGAUUCUUCGGCCGCCGUGAUGAGUGUUGACCCUCUACCUUAUGAUGAUCGGGACCCUUUUCUGUUGCACUACAGCGACUGGCCGUUGCAAGGACACUUCCAAGAGGGAGGAAUGACUUCUCCUAACGAACGGGUCUCCAUUAAUAGCCGAAUGGCCUAUGCAAAUAUUGACCUCGUCGGAGCCGCCGCCCUUAGGCCGCCCUCCGGAUCACCGCGCGUUGCGGCUUCGCCUGCUCCUCCCUCGCGUUCUGGGUCCUCUCCGUCGGAGAUGAGGACCCGUCCGCUUGGUCCAACCCCGCCUGUGCCCGGUGCCCGCCCUUUGCCCCUUCGCCCUGCACCGGCUCCGCCGUUUGAUGACAAGUGCGAGUACGCUUCGGGUGACGUCCUUCUCUUCUGGAAACCUUCGUCUGUGUUCUCGCAAUGGACUCCUUCGGCUUUUGACGUACUGGGGGUACGUUAUUCAUGUGGUGAGCAAUUUAUGAUGUCUGAAAAAGCGAAGUUGUUCGGAGAUAUGACGUCGAAUGACAAUAUUAUGGCUGCAACAGAUCCGAAGACACACAAGUUUUUGGGUCGAAAUGUGCGUCGUUUCGAUUAUGCUGAAUGGGAGCGUCGUCGAGAAGAGAUCAUGCGUACGGGGUUGUAUGCCAAACUUGCUCAAAACCAUGACAUGAAACAACACGUACUGGAGACGGGUACCCACCUGCUUGCGGAAGCCAGCCCCUUCGAUCGUGCUUGGGGUAUCGGCAUGUCUGCAUGCUUUCCAGAGGCUAGUCCAAGUGGGCAGCCAGCGGUUCUUCGCUACGGAAGGAACCGGGCGAAGACCCAGCCUGUCUCCGUUUGGACGCUCCAGGGGACCAUGCUCCUGGCGUUCAUCUGGGGCAUCGACCUCCGCUUGUCCAGGCCAGCCUCAUCUUCUCGAACAUGGGCCCGAUCUGGUCGGCGGCACGCUCCUGUUGGACUCGGACUCAUACCCCACCCGGAUCCUGCUGCAUGGAGGACCUACAGUCACUUCUCAACUCGCGCGAGUGGCGCUUCUGGACUCUGCGUCUCCUGCGUCCUUCGCGUCCGACUCCGUGGUCACCGCCAUGAUAGCUGCUGGAGCCCUGACAGCUGGCAGCGUUGUGCCGAGCUGGAGCCGGGAGACGUUAUUGGAGUGUCUGCCGCGCCUCUACUACGAGUGCCGGUGGAAACCCUGAAGGCGGCACCAUCUUCGAUUCCUAUCGGCCUCACAACAUCUACAUCACCACCUCGGGUCAAGGUCGUUGGCCCCAAGUCCGGGACUCAGCGCUCUUCGGACCCAGCCUCCGCCCCGCUUCCUCCGAAGCCGCCUCCGCAANACAACAUCUACAUCACCACCUCGGGGACGAAGCCCGGUGCAUCACGCCCGUAUCGUAUCAAACCGUUGAUGCAAAAGGAAGUGGAUGCCGUUUUGGACCAGUAUUUGGCGGCAGGGCUCAUUCAACAUUCCACGUCUCCGUGGGCUUCUCCUGUAGUUGUCAUCCCCAAGAAGGACGGAUCGGUUCGCAUCACCGUCAACUACAAACGUCGCAACGCUCUGAUGGAUUUGGAUGGACAUCCUCUCCCUCGUGUGGCUUUCCACCAGAUCGUUUGUGAUGAAGACACUGNGAUGCUGCAGGGAGCCAACGCAAGUCCGUCUUGGUUCGUCAAGGUCAUCAAAAGAGUGGUGCACGAUCUGGAGCGUGUGCUUGCGUAUCUGGACGACGUCAUCUGUUUCGAUGAGGAACCUCUGGAACACGUGCUGAACAUGAUCGAGUUCUUCAAACGACUGCGACAGUACAACCUCAAAUUGUCUCCAGAAAAGGCUCGCGUCGGCGCCACGCACGCCAACUUCCUCGGUCGCACCAUCUCUCCGGCCGGUGUUAGUCCUGAUGGCGUCAAGGUUAGAACGCUCACGCACAUGCCGCCGCCGCCGAAUGUUAAGCAGCUUCGGAGCCUUCUCGGUGGACUCAGUUACUACCGGAAAUUCCUCAAGAACCUCGCCACCAAGGUGCGGCCUCUCAACUCUCUUCUCAAACAAGGCGUUCCCUUCAAUUACAGCGGCGGAAUUUACGGCGAGAGGAACGGCUCACAUCUUCGUCAACCAAUACAUGACCAAGUGGGGAUGUCCGACUACGUUAUUGUCGGACAACGGACUGCAUUCUGCUCGAAGCUCUCCAUGGCGAUCAACGAGAUGAUGAAGAUCAAGAAGGUCACCACCAGCUCCUGCCACCCACAGACCAACGGCGGCACGGAACGCGUCAACUACGCGAUGGCCCAGAUGCUUGCGGUGGUCGUCAACGAACAGAAAAACGAUUGGGACAUACAUCUCCCGCACGUUGAGUUUGCCUACAACAAUUCCGUGAACCAGUCUACUGAAUUAGCGCCGAACGAAAUCCACAUCGGACGCAUCCCGAGACUCCCGCUUCGGUCUUCGAUCACCCCACGGCGCUCGNCCACCAGCUCCUGCCACCCACAGACCAACGGCGGCACGGAACGCGUCAACUACGCGAUGGCCCAGAUGCNAGGUGGUCAUCAAAGCUUGGCCCGCGAUCAACUCGAGUAUUGCAACCUGGCUGUCGAUCGCCAGCGCCGGGCCUACGAACUUGUCCGUGAGUACAACGCCCUGAAGAUUUCGCGAGUCGGACGCCGCCAUUCAUCCCUGCCGGACGCCAUUCACAAGCUCCCUCAGUUUACGGUUGGCGGGUGGGCUUGGGUGUACAACACGGCUGCUACGAUUCGACGGUGUGCAGAAAGACACGGACCAACAGGCGCUCGAGGCCAAAUUUGCACUUUCCUGGACGGGGCCCUACAAAGUUCUUGCGGUGGGUCCUGCCUCUGCCGACGCCACUCCGGACGGCAGCCCGUUGGCGUGUAAACUCCUCUACCUGGACCUGCCU